GUGGCGGGGAGGAGCGGGCCGGAGGCAGAGACCCGCGGACAGCCGAGCCGGGGAGCGGGAGGCGGGGCGCCCGCGCACGGCCGCACCCCCAGGCCCGCGGGCACGGCGCCCGCCCCACGCGCGCUCGCACGGGCCGGCAGGUGCGCAGGCAGCGCCGCGGCCGCAGUCGCCGGCCCCGCGGAGCGCCCGAGCCGCCGCCUCUGCCUCUGCCUCUGCCGGCGCAUCGCGGACGCCCAGCAGCAAUGAGGGGAGAAUCUUACUUCCUUGGAAUGAGGAGCCCAGGGCAGCAGGGGCACAUCCCAGACGAUGGAGGACUUUUCUUGCUCUGCUGCGUAGACAGAGACUGGGCCAUAACUCGCUGCUUCGCGGAGGAAGCCUUUCAAGCGAUCACUGACUUCAACGACCUCCCCAACUCAUUGUUUGCGUGCAACGUUCACCAGUCAGUGUUUGAAGGAGAAGAGAGCAAGGAAAAGUUUGAGGGACUGUUCCGGACUUACGAUGACUGCGUGACGUUCCAGCUGUUUAAGAGUUUCAGACGUGUCCGAAUCAACUUCAGCAAUCCCAAAUCUGCAGCCCGAGCCAGGAUAGAGCUUCACGAAACCCAGUUCAGAGGGAAAAAAUUGAAACUCUACUUUGCGCAGGUUCAGACUCCAGAGACAGACGGAGACAAACUGCAUUUGGCUCCACCACAGCCCGCCAAACAGUUUCUCAUCUCACCCCCGGCAUCUCCUCCCGUUGGCUGGCAGCCCAUCAGCGAUGCCACGCCAGUCCUCAACUACGACCUCCUCUAUGCCGUGGCCAAACUAGGACCAGGAGAGAAGUAUGAGCUGCACGCAGGGACUGAGUCCACCCCAAGUGUCGUCGUGCACGUGUGUGACAGUGACAUCGAGGAAGAAGAGGAUCCAAAGACGUCCCCAAAGCCAAAAAUCAUCCAGACCCGGCGUCCCGGCCUGCCACCCUCCGUGUCCAACUGAGCUCACCGCUCCGCCUCGACGAUAAUAUGUCUCCUCUUUAUCAUGCUUUUUUUCCCCCCUGUUGUUUGUUUGUCGAAAAAAAAAUAAUUGCCUUUAAAUCCCUGGGCGUGUGAUUGUUUGAGAUCCCUUCCUUGUAAUCAAGCCUCUUGGACAAAAGGGCUAGGAAAAGGAGAUCUGUUUCCUGAUCAUAUCAUACUCAUCAAAUAUAAUCCAUUAUUUAGAAAGUUCUAGGAAAAAAGUAGUAUUUUCUUAUUAAACAAUCGGCACAGCCUAUAUCUUCAUUCUCUCAUGUCGAUCCAAGCCAGAGACAUCAGUAACAAAUAGCACCUGUGUUGUUUGUGAGCCGUUUCAGUCCCAGUCCUGACGUGUGUGCACUGUUCUUUCCUGGCCACUUAAGUAGGACCAUAAGUAAACUUGACUUUGACUGCAUGAGAUAACCCUAUCUGGUCUCACUCAGUCCUCUGCAUCCCGACAUUCCCAGGACAUGCAUGAUCACCAGCAUUUAAUUUCAUGAUUUGAGGAUAUGCUAUAACUCACAGGUUGUCAGCAUCCAGCCAUGUCCUAUUUAGAUUAGGAAAAUUAUCAGCAUCGUCCAGCUCAACAAGUCUGGGUAUAGUCACUAUUUUGAGUCAACACUUCAUAGCUCUGUUAAAAUUCCUGGAGGCAAAACUGAGCUUGGCCCCAAAGAUAUUCCUCAGUAGGUUUUGAACACUACUUCCAUACAGAACUUUCCCAGCCUCACUGGGGAGGCUUGUCCAGGGUGAUGGAGACCGACUUCAGACAAACCUAUUUAUUACAAAAGUCUCAUGUUGUCUGAAAGAUUGUUUUUUUCUCUUUGUAUAUUUGUACAAAUGUUUCAGCUGUGCUUUUAAAAUCUGGAUGUUUUUUAUUUAGUGAUUGUUCAGCCAUUAGCUGCUUAAGAACAUAAUAUGUGCAUUGCUUAUGAAUACAUUCAUAUACUAAUGCAGAUAAUCUGAUAAUAUUACUCUAUAAUGGAUAAUGCUGAAUUUUGGAAGGGCACAAAACUUCUCAAGCCAAUAUAUAAAUGAUUAGCCAACAUCUUUGCUAUCAAGACCACUUGUUUUAAAAUAAAGUGAAGAUGCAAGUGUCAGUUGUAGGCAAUUUGGGUGAAGCUAGAUUUCCAGAAUGUAGCAGCCGCUGAGCAUAUUCAAAGGUAAAGGGUGACAGAGAAGUGUAUGCUGAUCCCACUCAUGCAAUGCCCAUAUUGCUUAAAAACUUUUUGUUUUCGUUACCUGUGACUUUUCUAUUUCUCUAGCCCAAAGUGCAUUACAGAAGAUACACCUAUAGAACCAUUACCUUCUGCUAUAUGUGCCAGGCCUCGUCUACUCCUGUACAUUAAUGAAUUACUUUAGAUGCAAAUGCCAAUUACGAUGGAGUGGGGAAAUGCUUUCAUGACCCCAAGCCUCAGAAAAACACACAAGAACAAUAACACAGCCAACUGACGGAAGGAUUGUGGUGGUUUUUGACUAAGGUGUAUGUUAGUUUCAUCAGAAACUUAUCUAGACUGAUCACUCAGAAAUUAAAGUCCGUUCUACUGUGAAUAUAGCAAUAUAGUACUGGACACAGUACAGGUGAAACUGAGGACAGCAUUGCUUGUAAAAUCCUGAGUUUCCAUAAGAAAAAGGAAGGCUCCUUUUAAAAAUAAAAUCUGAGGAGUGUAUAAUAAGCAAAUGCUUUGACUUUCCUUUGCUGUGGAGGUUUUUGGCUUUUCCUUGACAAGUGGAAAAUUAGACUUAAUGGUGGAGAAAUGCUGCCCUCUUGUGGAAGAAAUGUUGCCCUCAGAUGACGCCCAACUGCAGCCAUUUUGUGCUGAAUCUCUUCUCGGUUAUUUGCGGUCAUUUGACUUUUUAAGCUGCCUCAGAAUUUUCAGAAUGCAGGUUCUAAAGAAAUCUGGAUGAGAGAAAAUAUUUGGAAAUGGUUUUUAAAUGUUUUAAAACAGCUACCUUAGACAUUUCCAACCAAAUUUAGUAAAAGUGGAGAUGACCAUUCUGUGUAGUUGCAAAAUAAAAACCCAGCGGAGUGUAUGACCCAAGUGAAAUCUACUGCGAAGUGUCGAUGUUAGUCUUUCUCAGAUCAAGUAAUUGUUUCAGUAGGUUGAGUUUGGGAAGGUGGUAAGAGCAACUUUUCCCAGGAGAGCAGUAAGAAACGAGAAGGACUCCUUGAAGUGUUUCAGUGGAACCUCCCAGCACUGUGAAAGUCAGAAUUGCCUCAGCAUUUCCAUGAUGCGCAUUAUGCAAACCUCUUUAGCACUAUUUUAAGUUUGAAAAGUUUAACUAUGGAGGGGAAGGGGGAAAUUUCCACCAACUGAAUCAUUUGUGCACGUGUAUAGCUCAAAGAGCUUAGACUUCAAAUAUACUUGGUGAAUGAC